AUGUCUUUAUCUGCCUCUGUCACCAAGGUCAGGGAGUUCAAUGUACCAGGUGUUGAUAGAGUAUUCCAUAUAUCACUACAUCAAUCAGAAAGACUCUGGAUCAGUGAUGGUGGUGGUAAUAUUGUCCAAACAGAUCUACAUGGGAAUGUGAUACAGAAGAUAAAAACCAGUGGUACAUGUAUAUGGGAAGGUUACCACACAGUGACAGAGGACAGGGAUCUGAUCUUUACAGACAAAGGCAAUAAAGUCGUCAUUAGGAUAACACAGAAUAACAAGAUCACUGACUUCAUUAAAACUGGAUACUGGUCACCACUCAGCAUACACUCCUCCCACAUCAACGAGGACUUACUGGUGGGGGAUGAGGAAGGAUGGAGAAGGGCAAAGUCACCAGAAAACAUCAAUGGAGAUAUCUGUACAUCAGACUUUGAUAAAGAAGCAGUAGUGGUGGUGUAUAAAUCAGGGCAACACAGGUUCUCCUACACAGGUCGGGGGUCAGGGUUCCGUCCCUUUGGAAUCUGUACUGAUGUCCUCGGUCAUAUCCUGGUUUGUGAUCAUUACACUAACACUGUUCACCUCCUUGAUCAGGACAGUCAGUUCUUGUCUUAUUAUUCACACGACAACAAGGGGAUCCUUCCCCGUAGUGUGUGUGUGGAUGAUGAGAACAAUCUCUAUGUGGGACAAGGUAACACCAACAAACUGACAGUGCACAUGUAUCUAAAGUGA